ACCCACUAUGGAGUUGGAGCGAACGUCUGCGCGCGGCUUCAACAUGGUGCUCGAGAAGCAAACGUCAUGCAAAUCAAAGACGCUCUUAUGUCGUCAGUUAUUCACUCUGAAUUAAAUAAUAAUCAACUUGAGCGAGAAAAUCUGGGAGUGGCAUCAGGCUCUGUUGAAAUAAAAACUUGUGAUGAAAAUACUUCUGAAAAAAUUGAAGAUUAUCCAGAAUCACCGGGAUAUGAAGUUCAAAACUUUCAUGUUGCUCGAGAUACUACAACGUGGUCAUCAGUUGCUAUAACUCAUACGAAUGUCAAUAACCAUCCAAAACAUAUAAACAGUAUUAUCAACAAUAAUUUGUCUGUUUCAAGAUUGUCAUUAAGCAGUUCUACGGAUAGUUUCUCCGAUUAUGACACUCAUGAAUUAUCUGCAGGAUCGGAAUGUUCAGAAAAUUCAGAGGAUGGUAGUUUGUCAAGACCUUGUCGUGGAAUAAUAAAUCCUAAUUAUCCAGGAUUUCAGCAUCUGGCUCCAGCAUUUUUAUCAAUCUUCAAUGAAGAUCGUACUGACAGUCCAGAUUUGCCUUCAGAAUUCAGUGAACAAGAAUUAGAUAACAAAAUCAAUGAAUGUCGUAAUAAUAACAAAAAUAUAAUAGAUACAACUAAAGAAACAAAUGAAGAAGAUAAUAAUGAUAACUGCGAUAGAAUAAAUCAUUUUGAUACCCAAAAAGACGAACAUAAAUUUUUCUACAAGAAAUCAAAAUUUAAUAUUCAGCAGACAUUGGACGCAGUUUCGCCCUCGGAAAAAUGUUUAAACUAUGUCAAGAGCAUUGAACAAUCAAAACAAGGAUUGGAAUCAAAUAACUCUAAUAUUGAUUAUAGUCAUAAUCAUAGUUCUGUAGAGAUAGAAGUGGCUGAAUUACAAUCUAGCUCAACUGAACGACCCCAAUUUGCUGAAAUUGAAGAUAUUCCGUCAGAUUCAGGCACAGGAAAAACUUGCGAACAAGAUAGUGAAACUGAGGAAAUAGUAAUUGAACACAUAGAUCUUAUUUCUGAAGCUACGAAACUGUCACAAAAUACACCAAAAUUAGAAUCCAGAGUAAAAUUAUUAAAUUCAAAUCUAAUUGAUAACUCAGAAACAGUAUAUUAUUCUGAAGAUUUAUCUGGAAAAGAAAAAUCAUUACCGUAUACCAAACUAGAAGAAAUUGAUUUGUUGUCAAGUAUAGGUCGUGAUAUUGGUGUAAAUCUUGAAAAAUAUAUCCAACCUAUUCCUGACGUAGUUGCAAUGGAAACAAUUGAUGUUCAUUCUUCUCGUUCAUUUUCUAAUUUAGUAAAAGAUACGAUUCGAGAAGAUACAAAUAAGCUUCAAGAUCAAGAUUUAACGGAAACUGCAAGUGUUGAUUUAAGAAAAAAAGAAAAAAUGGCAAGAAAUCAAGCACGAAGACGUCAACAAUCACUUAUAGGACAACGUCGACCUGAAAAACGUCGAGUUGAACAAGUAGACAAAGCUCCGGGCAGCUUUGAUGUUUAUAACAUCGAGACAGCAAUGCCCAAAAUUGACCUGGAUGCUAUUGAAUCUCAUUUAAUAGCAGCACGUGAAGAAGAACGACGGCGUCGAAAUGAUCGAGAAGAAAUUAGAAAAAGGCUUGCCAUGGGCUCAGAUGCAGAUGACGUUCGAUUGGAGCAUGGACGAAAACCUAGUCUUCAAUCGCGACUUCAAAGUGGGAUGAACUUACAAAUUUGCUUCAUGAAUGAGACACCUUCAGAUAGUGAAUCGCCUAGUUCAGAAGAUAUAUCACCAAGUAUAAAACAAGCUUCAAGUUUUUACAAACAUAAUAGUACCGCUGCUAGACCUCAAGUUUUGAGUCUUCCACCAUUGAGACUUAAUACCGAUAUUCUUGAUGCACCUCUUGAUGAGGCUGAUUUCUUUGCUCGUCAAGCAAGACUUCAAACUGAAGCAAGAAUGGCCCUUGCUCAAGCAAAAGAAAUGGCCCAUAUGCAAAUGGAAGUUGAAAGACAAAGACUCACACAAAGUCCAAUCACGGAAAUAGUACGCUCAAGUCUUGAGAAGGUCGGCGUUCAAUUAGGCGAAGAUAGACGUCGGUUGUCUAGAGUCCUUUUAACUGAAUUAAACGUUGCUCAACUUCAAGUAGUUGCAAAUGACCUUCAUUCAAGAAUUGCGGUUCUAAACGAGGUACUUGUUGAAGGAUUACUUAGACGAGAUGAUCUACAUAUGGAACAAGACUCAAUGCUAGUAGAUGUUGAAGAUCUAACUCGAUAUCUUGGUGCCAAGCAAGAAUCGCUCAAGAAGCGACAGGCAAACAGCAAAAAACAAGCAACACCGGGAAAUAAACGGACCAGUCAACUACACUCAAUGAUGAUGAUCCCAAUAAUAAAAACUAAAUUGAAUGGUCGAAGUUUCGUUGAAUUUGUUAAAAAGUAA